AUGUCCAUCCAUUUUGGAUGCACCAACGAAACCAGCUUCACCGCAGUCUACAUCUUCCGCACAGAUUCGCUUUCCGCUCAAGUUUUGCUAGCUACCGCUUUAGUCCAGGUCAGUCCGCAUCAUGGUAAUCCAAUCACCGCUAGAGUUUUGAUUGAUCAAGGCUCAGAGCUCUCAUUUAUGAGACAGACGCUCUUCAAGAAGCUUGGACAACCGCUACAACGCGACAUGGUCAUGCUCAAGGGCAUUGGCAAUGUCUCCGCAGGAAGUUCACUAGGUGUGAGCACAAUUGAACUUCAUUUGCAGUGUACACCCGCUUCAAUGCAUGUCAGCAUGCAUAUUCUACUAACACUGACUGUAGAUCUUCCAUCGCUCGUGAUCGCUGAUCCGAAAUGGCCGCAUCUGGAGAAUCUCCAACUAGCUGACCCGCAUUAUCUACAGCCACGACCUGUAGAUAUUAUUCUAGGUGCAUCACCAACCGCACAAAUCAUGAACGCAGAGAUUAAACGGGGACCUCGCAAUGCUCCUAUUGCACAAUCCACCACGCUUGAUACAGAAUUACAAGACGCUAUCGCUAAGUUUUGGAAACAGAAAGAGGUUCCAUCAGGAAAUUCACCGCUCAACACCGCUGAAGAAGACGAAUGUGAAAUUCACUUUCGUCAAACGCAUUAUCGACAGCCUGAUGGACGCUACGUAGUGAGAUUACCGCUUAAAGCCCCCGAGAGUCAUCUUGGCGACUCUAUCAACGCAGCCAUGGGGUCACUCCGCAGAUUAAUAACUCGCUUGUCGCGAGAAAGAGAAUAUUCUGAUAUGUAUCGUGCAUUCAUGGCAGAAUACAUUCAACUAGGACACAUGGUACGAGUACCAGUCAACGAAUUGCCCGCAAACGCUUACUUCUUGCCUCACCAUGGGGUAUUGAAGCUUGAUAGUGCCACUACGAAGCUCCGCACAGUGUUCAAUGGUUUCUGUGCAACAUCUACAGGAAUUUCAUUGAACGACAUUAUCCACGCAGGACCCAAAACGCAAAUUGACAUUUUUGACGUGAUGUUGAGAAUCCGCUGCAACAAAAUUCUAUUCGCUACUGACAUCACCAAGAUGUUCAGACAGAUUGAGGUCGACUCGCUUGAUUGGCCGCUUCAGUGCAUUCUCUGGAUAGAUGAAAAUGACUUAAUAGACGCUUACUGUCUCAAGACAGUCACAUAUGAAACCGCUAGUGCACCUUUUGACGCAGUACGUGUGCUUAUCCAACUAGUAAAGGAUGAAGGACACCGCUUUCCGCUAGCUGUUGCUCCAAUGUUGAAAACACGCUACGUAGAUGACAUCUACGGUGGAGCAGACAAUGAAGAAGACGCUAUCAAGGCUGCAGUACAAACAAAAGCUCUGUGUGCAGCAGGCUGCUUCCCGCUUGCCAAAUGGGCUAGCAAUAGCCCACGGUUACUCGCUGAAGUCGCUCCAGAAAAUCAGCUGGAUACACCGCUUAAAGAAAUCAGUGAUGCACCAGUAAAAGUCCUGGGCAUAUACUGGAAUUCACGCACUGACGCUCUCCAGUUCAACUGUAUGAUGCUAGGACUUCUCGCACCAAUAGUCGUCAAAGCCAAGAUCUUCAUGCAAGAUCUGUGGCUAGAUAGAGUGUCAUGGGACGAACAAUUGUCACCAUCACUCAUUCACAAAUGGACUGGAUACCGCGAGGAUCUUCGAAACAUCGAAUCCAUCCGCAUUCCACGCUGGAAUAAUAUAGCACCUGGAGCAACUAUGGAAUUGCACGGGUUCUCAGAUGCUUUGAAAAACGCUAUGGCUGCCGCUGUUUAUUUGAGAGUCACUGACGCUGAUGGGAACACUUUUGUGUUCAAAAACGCAAGUAGCACCGCUGAAGACCAUGACAAUUCCACGCUUGGAAUUAUCUGCUGCAUGGCUGCUUACACAACUGAUACAUCAUGUCAAGGAAGAAAACAAAACCCCGCUGACUGCGCUUCAAGAGGUAUACCUACGCUAAAACUGAAACAACACGCUCUCUGGUGGCAUGGACCAACUUGGCUUCAUGAACCAGAAUCCUCUUGGCCCACUCUGGAGCCUCCAACCGACAACGCAACGCAUCGAGAAGAACGCCAAGGUCUGACACUAGUAACUUGGAAAGCAGAAAAUUGCCUGCUCCAACAAUUAGUGUCGCAUUACACGCAGCUGUUUCCACUGCUACGGAAACUCAGCAUCUGGCAUCGCGCCAUCGACCGCUUUAAAAGAGUUCCACAAUCUUCGCUGGCCUACCCGCUUACUCCAUCAGACCUGGAGCGCGCUAAAUUGACCUUGAUAAAGUUCACUCAAGGACAUUACUUCGCUAAAGAGAUUCACACGCUGCAAGAUGGUGAUGGUCUGCCUAAAAAUAACAGCAUCACUAAGCUGACUCCGUUCAUCGACCAUCAGGGGGUCCUGAGAGUCGGUGGUCGCUUGAAAAACGCAUUGCUGGACCCAGAAGAGAGGCAUCCAGCGAUUCUACCGCGACAAUCACCGCUUACUUCAAUUUUGAUUGAUGAUUCGCACCGCAAAACGCUUCACGGAGGUACUCAGCUUACACUCGCUGAUUUACGUAAGAGUGUCUGGAUCAUUGGAGGCCGUGUUCCAGUCAGAUCAUUUAUUUUACGCUGCGUUAUCUGCACGAGACACCGUGGAGAACGCGCUCAACAGUUGAUGGGUCAACUACCCGCCGCACGACUACAGCCAACUCGAGCCUUCUUGCAUACAGGACUCGACUACGCUGGACCUAUCACGCUGAAAACGUUUCAAGGACAUGGAGCAAAAACAUACAAAGGCUGGAUUGCAGUCUUUGUAUGCAUGUUCAGUUCAGCUGUACAUCUAGAGCUAGUAACUGACUACACCGCUGCCGCUUUCAUCGCCGCUUCACUAGUCGCCGAGGUAUCUGCCACACGAUAUAUUCAGACUGUGGAACCAAUUUUUUGUGACAAUGAUAUUGAUAAUGAUGAGAAUGAUACAAGUAAUAAAUUAAGCGACAAAAAUAAUGAAAGUGAUGACAUUGAAGAUAAAACUGGUUCAAAUAAAAGUUUUCAAGAAAAACUUCGACAGUGGACCUUAAAAAAUUUAAACAGUCUUCAAUUAAAUGUAAUUGCUGAACUUUUAUUACUACUAAGAGAAGAAGGACAUCCUGAGUUACCAAAAACGACACAAGCUUUGUUAAAGACCAAAUCCGCGUGCACCAAGUUUUCUCAGUCAACGUAUGUGUGUGAGUCGCUGUAUUAG